AUGAAUAGCUUCAGCAAAAGUCGAGUUGGGACCUGUCGAGCCGGGGUUCGUAUUGCUAUUACCCACCCGCAUGAUCGAAUUGCGUUGCCGGAGUCUUCGCUCAAUUUGCGGAGACACGCCAUAUUCUCACACUUUGCCUGUUUGCUCGCUUCACUUAAUAUCGAAGUUUCAUACCGAGUGAUGGUGGACCGACAUCAACCUCACACAUCACGAUGUCUUCGUUGUGCUCCUCAGCUGGCAACAUUGGCUCGUCGACCAUGGGUGUUGUUUGAUGGUAGUGAGGCUUCGGGUCGUCACUGUCCAAGCAGAUUUUGCCAUCGCUCUCUGCAUUGA